GGGGGCGGUUUCCGCAGCGGUGCGUUCGGAGGGGUUUUGCGAUGGAGGUCUCUGGCCCGGCCUCGAGCGCGGUCGGGCGGCCGCUGACGGAAGACGAGAUGGCCGACGUGAAGAAGGAGGCUUUAGAAAGGAUGCGCCCUUACUUGUGUGACAAAAUUAUAGCUGAGAGACACUUUGAUUACCUCCGUUCAAAGAAAAUACUCACUAGAGAGGACACAGAAGAGAUCUCUUCGCGAUCUUCUAGUAGGAAAAAAACUGGGAAGUUAUUGGACUACUUAGCAGAAAACCCAAAGGGACUGGAUGCUUUGGUUGAGUCCAUCAGGAGAGAGAGAACACAAAACUUUCUGUUACAAAAGAUAACUGACAUAGUGUUGAAAGUCAAAAAUGAAAAACUUGAAGCUCUCAAAGGUCUAAGUUGCAGCACGUGUAUGACCUCACUGUAUGGAGGAACAAAUAAUCUUUCUAGAUCAUAUUCUGAUGAAUCCAAUUUUUUUGAUAAAACGAAAGACAAAGAAUCUACUCAGAUGCAUAAUCCAGAAGAAGAUUAUAGCACUGCUGCAUUUAUGUCUGCUGUCUCCCUUCAUUCGAUGAAUCUGCCCGUUGCAGAGAUGGGAAAUGCUGAGAGUGCAGUUUUCUCCGUCACCCUUCCAGGCCCUGGGGACCCUGGUGCACCCCCUCUCCCUCCAGAGCUCCAGUCAGAGCAGCAAGAACCGUGUACUAGUUCCAGUGACAAUUGCUUUUUGCCUUUAAGAUCACGUUCUCUUCAUCCACAGUGAACUUACUGACGUUUGUCUGCUCAUCCAAAGGUUACUGAAACUGAGUUUCAGUCUUUUAAGGGUAAAAAAAUGUUUUCAAACUGUUAAUUUGGGUAAUCAGAAGAAACAAUCGAUGCUAUUUGAUGUUUUUAAAGAGUCAUUUUUUUUGUAAUCGACUGACUCUAGCUGCUUGAUUUUGUUUUUCUUAAGGAGUUUGGAUUUUUCUAAUUAUAGUACUACACCAGCAGAAGUUGUUUCUUCGUUGUUCUGCUUUUGUUGUUGUUGUUUGCUUUGUUUUUAAACCAAUAUAUUUAAGGUACCGUGUUUAGUUGCAGGCUCUUAAGCUGCAGUUACAGAAUAGUAAUAACAAAUGUAAUUUUCUUAAUGUUUCUGUGGUGAGUGAAAAAGCAAAGGUGAUUAAGAAAAGCACUGAGGAUUGAAAAGUAACGUCCUGAACUAAAAGCUUAUGCUCACAUGCAGAAAAGCUUAAAUUCAUGUACUAAAUUAAUGUGUCCUCCAUAUAUGUGUAUAAUUUGCAAAAACGUAUUUUAAUUUGGGGGAAAAAAAAAAUAGAUCUGACUAAAUCUGUAGCCAUGUUUAUUUGCAAGAAGGCUCUUAAUUUUGUGGACUUUAUUUGUCCUACCAGUAAAUUGAAAGGCACUCAAAGUGAUUUUGAGCUAGCCAGUAUGCAUCCACAAGCCCUGGCAUGUUGUUGUUGUAUAUAACUUAGAAAUUUGUGAUUUGAGAUGCACUUUAAAUACAAAUUCUCAUUAAUUUUUCAAACGGAAAGUAAACUGCUGUAAACUCAUGUGGGCUGUCAGAAAAUGUUAUUGUAUAGUGCUGUUAAGGACUGAGGCUUGUGUGUGUUGUCCCGGUGGGUGAGCAGAGGUGUCUUGUUGGCAAGAAAGUGUCCUUAACUGAAAGAUUGUUGGAAGUGUUGCACUUAAGAUACCUGCUCUUCAACACAGACACGUUUACAUUUUGAAUUGUUUAGAAUUGAAGGCAUUUAAACUAUUUGAUCAUGGGAAGGUUCUCGUGUUUCUUAACACAAUAUGAUGCAAUGUUCCUCUCAUACUCUGCUUUAACCACUUUAAAAUUACUAGACAAAGACGGACUCUUCCUUGGAAAUGUGUAGUUGCAUUCUGUAAUGCUGCACUUCAAAGUGAUGCUUUCAGUAUAUCAAAAGAUAAGUUUUGUAUUUCUGGCUUUAAAUUCUUUCUGUUUUCAUACAGCUGCAUAAUUCCAUUCAAGACGAAAGCCAGGUAAUAACCCUGAGUCGUGUUCCCCUUUUGUGGAGACGGGCCUUCUGCAGAACCUCAGUAUAGUCUCUGAACUUUCAUUUCAUGUUUGCUCUGGUUUCAGGAGUAGGUGAAAAUAAACUGCAGGGUUCAAUUGUAGUCCAUAUUCAGUAUGUGAAUAGCUUACAUUUGCUAAAAAUGUGAGCUUCUGUUUGUGUAUUUCUAAAAAGCCUUGUCUUUCUUGUAAACAUCUGAGGACCUUUAAGAUGGUGAAAACGAUUCUAAGUGAAACUCAUCAGUAUGGAUGGCAGGCUGGGAUUUAAAUACCUAAAUAUAAGUAAAAUCUUGUUCUCUAACAUGAAAUUGAGGAUAGGUGCAAAUCUUUCUUCCCUUAACUUGUACUGCAGUUGCACAUACUCAGGAUGCAUAGAAGUUUGUGUCUACAUAUCCCUUUGGUUGCUGUAUACCACUUAAAGAGUUGCAUGUGUGUUCUCAAACUUUUUUUUUCCUCCUUCUUGUUUUCUCUUCCUUGGAAGCUUAGGCUUGGGUCUCUUCUUGGGGAGAGAGCAAGCUUGGCCUUAACUGAAGAAGGGAAGGGCUUUAGCUCACGGUGGAAACUGUCUUGCAGUUGUACAUCAGAGCAUGCAGUGUGUGCUGCCUGCCGCACUGCACAGUGAGCAGCGGGCCUGCCUGUGUGGGGAGCGCUCCUGCAGCAGAGCCUCUUAACCUGAGACUUUAAAUGAAUGUAUUAUCUUAUUAAUGUUUAUAAUGGGCAUUUUUAAGAAAAAAAUGUUUUUAACACAACUUUUUGAAUAAAUUCAUUUGUAUAUUU